ACUGGUUCUUAAACUCUGCAUGUUUUCUUUCAGCUUCAUCCUCGCUCCUCUUCCUCCUGGACUUUACACCGAACCACUAUGGGAGUACUGCGCUCCUCGUUGUCGUCCUGUGGAAGGAUUUAUAAAGUUCCUGAAGUGUGAAGUGGGGGAGAAAAAAACAGAGACAGAUAUUCCUGGAAGAGUUGCCUAACAGGACCUGAGGUAUGAGGCGCUUCAUGGAGGCACUAAACAUGGCCACUCUCCUCACUUUAAUAGCAGUCCUGCUGCACACGGUCAUGAGAUGUCAGGGGAGUGUAGUGAAAGGGAAAGACAGCUCACCGCUAAAGUUCACACACUAUCUCUACAACGCCACCAUCAAUGAGAACUCUGCCCCGCGGACUUACAUUGAGACGCCGGUGAAGAUGGGCAUCGAAGUGUUGGACCUGUUCUGGGAAAUCAAGUAUAAAGUCGUCUCGGGUGACGACGACGGCCUUUUCCAGGCGGAAGCAGUCAAAGUCGGGGAUUUCUGCUUCCUCAGGAUCAAAACACGCAGCAGUAACUCAGCACAGCUCAACAGGGAAGUUAGAGACACUUACGCUCUCACUGUGGAGGCCACUGAAAGCACUUUUGACUUCCAGGUGAAGACAAAGGUGUUCAUCCAGGUCCUUGACACCAACGACCUGAAGCCUCUUUUCUACCCGGCUUCGUACAACGUCGCCAUCAGGGAGGACACUCCACUUAAGUCGAGCGUGGUCAGGGUCAGCGCCACGGACGCCGACAUAGGGAGCAACUCUGAGUUUUAUUACUCCUUCACCAGCAGAGCUCAUCCUUUUGCCGUCGACCCUUUCACAGGCACAGUCAGUCUCCUGAAAAGGCUCAAUCACACCCGGGCAGAGAGAUACGACCUCACUGUGUUAGCUGAGGACCGGACAAAGAAAAUAUCAGGGGUUCAGAAAUUUGGGAACGUCGCCAGAGUUACAGUUAAUGUUCAGAAGAUGUCAAUGCCCUCCCCGGUUAUCACACCUCCCCCGACGCCCACAGUCUCUCAAGACGGUAGAAUAAAUAUCAAUGUCCACGUGGAGGCCGGAGUUAAGCCUGUGGAAUCCCUUCAUAUUGUUGGAGGGGAUCCGCACAAGUGUUUUGAGAUAAUCCCCUCAGGUGUGCGGGGAAGUGACUUCCAAGUGAUCUCCACAAAGAGGAUUAUCUGGUCUCAAACUCCUUUUGGGUUGAAUCUGUCCCUUCAAGCUAAAGACAGGAGUAUGCCAAGUUUACUCUCUCCAAUUACACAAAUUCAUGUCCCUGCAUAUCAUUACAGCCCCUUGGCAUUUCUUGAAGACACGUACAUAGUCACGCUGAGUGAGUUUGCACCCCCUAAAACUCAUGUAGUCAAGGUUUCGGUGAACGCCGUGCCUCAGAACGUCACCUUCAGUAUCAAGAAUAACCCAGACAGUGUUAAAUUCAAGAUAAACCCCAAAACGGGGAUAAUCAUCACCACAGAUAUGUUUGAUUAUGAGAGGAAGAAUCGUUAUGAGUUUGAUGUCAUGGCCAAUCACGGUGAAGCUGAGACUCACAUUGUUGUGGAGGUGACGGAUGAGAACGACAACAGCCCAGAGUUCAUCAAAACCUCGUAUCAGGCCACGCUGGAUGAAAACAGCCCCGUCGGCAGCAGUGUUCUGAAACUGUCCGCCACUGAUAAAGAUAAAGGCAAGAAUGGCUUUGUGACGUACUCUAUUGCAAACUCAGGCCCCUUACCUUUCAUAAUAGAUGCAUUCACAGGGGUCAUUUCAACAUCUGAGCACUUAGACUAUGAGUUAAUGAAGCGGCGGUACCACCUGAGAGUGUGGGCCUCAGACAGCGGCACCCCCUUCAGUCAGGUCAGCGAAUGCCCCGUGACGAUAACCCUCAACAACGUCAAUGAUAACAUCCCUCUGUUUGAGAGGGUGGGCUGUAACGCCACCGUGCCUUUGGACUUACCUGUCGGACAAACAAUCGCCGAGCUGUCUGCUAUUGAUUUAGACGAGCUGCAGCAGCUGAGCUACGUCAUCGAGUCGGGGAAUGAGCAUCAGAUAUUCGGCAUCGACUCGGUUUCAGGAGCGAUCUCCCUCAAGCAGCAGAUUCCCCUUGGGUCAGGUUCCUUCACUUUUCGAGUCGUAGCGACAGACGGGAAGCAUCACUCAGAAGUUUCAGUUGUGAGGAUAACCGUGACGAACAGAGGGGAUGACCCGACGCUCCACUGCAGGGAAACGGGCAUCUUCAAACAGCUGACGGAUAAGCUCAUAGAGUCAAUCAAACCCAUUCUGACGAGUCAAGAGGACGACGUGUUUUCGGACAUUCACAUCACAAACCGUCACUCUCCAAAGUUUGAUCUGAGCAUCCCCAGUUCACUCGACAUCAUCGAGGACCAGCCUCUGAAUUCAAGCAUCAUCCGGUUCAAGGCGACAGACUCUGACACCGGGUUCAACAGCAAGCUCGUGUACGCCAUAUCAAGCGGGAACGAGGACGGCUGCUUCUCCAUGGACACGUUCUCCGGCGACCUCCAGUUAGUUUGCCCGUUAGACAGAGAGAGCAAAGAGUUCUACAUUUUGAACAUCACCGUGUACGACCUGGGAACACCUCAAACAUCCGCAUGGAAGUUUGUCGCAGUGAACGUCCUGGACGUCAACGACAACCCUCCUUAUUUCGAUCAACCCAGGUAUGUGAUCCGAGUGCCUGAAAACACGGAGCCAGACUCCAUUAUCUUUGCAGCCCGGGCGGUGGACCCUGAUUUAGAUUCAAGCGGUGACGUCAAGUACUCCCUGCUGACGUCCACUGACAUGUUCAGGAUUGACGAAGUGUCAGGUGAGGUGACAGUGGCGGACCGUUUGGAUCGAGAAACCACACCAAGGCAUGACCUCUUGGUUGAGGCAAGGGACCAAGCCAAAGCCGGCCCCCAGUUGUUCUCCAUGUUUGAACUUGUGGUGGUUCUGCAGGACAUAAACGACAACGCGCCCAAGUUUACCCCCAAAGUUUAUAAAGUGAAAGUUCCAGAGGAUCUACCGGUGGGGACAAACCUUGUCUGGGUUGAGAGCGUGGACUUGGAUCUGGGCAGUGGAGGCGUCGUCACCUACAACCUGAAGAACACAGAAAGUGGGAUCUUUCAUCUGGACUCUUCAACGGGCGCUCUGACGCUGGAGAGGGAGCUGGACUUCGAAAGGAGGCCGGUUUACAACCUCACAGUACGGGCCGUCGAUCACGGCAGCCCUCGCUCCCUCUCCUCCUCCUGCUUCGUGGAGAUUCAGGUUCUGGAUGUGAACGAGAAUCUCCACAGGCCUCUGUUCUCUGAGUUCGUGUACGAAGCCGGAGUCAUGGAGGACGCGGCCGUGGGGACGUCAGUUGUCACGCUUAUGGCCACGGACAAAGACGUGGGCAGAGACGGGGUGGUGAGGUUCCACAUCCAUGAAGGGACCGGUCUUGGAGUCUUCACCAUAGAUGAAGAAACAGGUGUCAUACGCACGACGGAGACGUUGGACCGGGAGAUGAGGCCUCACUACUGGCUCUCUGUCUACGCCACAGACCUGGGCACAGAGCCUCUCAUCUCCUGGACUCACGUCUUCCUGGAGGUCCUGGAUGUAAACGAUAACGCUCCAGAGCUGUCACAGCCGGUCUAUUUUGCGUCCGUCCUGGAGAACGUAGGGAGCGUGAAGUCGGUCGUCCAGGUGGAGGCGACAGACGUGGACACCUCCUCUGAGGGGAAGCUCACCUUCCAGAUGCUGGAAGUUCACCGGACGUACUUCGAUGUGGAUUCCAAAACAGGUGUUAUCAGCACUCACUCAGCCCUGGAUCGGGAGGAUAAAGCCGAGCACAGUGUCGAGGUCAUCGUUUCUGAUAACGGCACCCCGUCUCUGCGCUCCACCGCCACCGUCGUCAUCCGAGUUCUGGACGCCAACGACAACCGGCCGAAGUUCACGGACAAACUGUUCCACGUCACCCUGCCUGAGCAGCAGCAUCUAUCCGGGACGCUGGAAGUCUGCAGGAUGUUCGCCCGCGAUGACGACGAGGGCCCGAACGCCGUGGUGACCUACAAGCUCCAAGACAACAAGGAUGAGCGUUUUGAGAUCGACUCUGUGACCGGUGUUGUGACCGCACAGGGGGAUUUCUGGCCUCGGAACUACAGCAUCCUCACGAUUAAAGCUACAGACCAGGGCAGCCCGUCCCGCUCCUCCACAGCCAGACUCGACAUCGAGUGGAUCGCCCGCCCACCACCCUCCCCCGAGCCAAUCACAUACGACGAGCCUCACUUCACCUUUGCCGUCAUGGAAACGGAGCCCGUCACUCACAUGGUGGGCAUCAUCACGACCGAGACACAUCGGCAGAAGUGGUUCGAUAUCACAGGUGGCGAUGAGGAAAAGGACUUUGAUAUUCAGAGGAACACGGGAACCAUCUCCAUCGCCCGCCGGCUGGAUGCGGCACGACGCUCGAACUACAACAUGACGGUGCGGGUCACCGACGGGUACCACAGCGCCACCACACAGGCCUACAUCCGUGUGCUGGACAUGAACGAGCAUCGGCCCGUCUUCCUGAAGUCGCUGUACGAGGUGAGGGUUCCCGAGGAUACCGCUCCCUGGAAGGACAUCCUGCAGAUCAGCGCCGAGGACGCCGACAUCAACAGCAAACUGAUUUACUCCAUCCACAGCAGCCUCCACCCCGACAGCACCAAGCUCUUCCACCUGGACCCAAAGAGCGGAGUCCUGGUGAUGACCCAGGAGCUGGACUACGAGAAGAUCUCUGUUCAUACUCUCAUCAUCAUGGUGCGGGACCAGGAGAUCCCAGUGAAGAGGAACUUUGUGAAGGUGGUGGUUCACGUGGAGGAUUGUAACGACCACUCGCCGGCUUUCCUCAGCCCCCGCUACGAGGCCAGCAUCUCCAAUCUGGCCCCCACGGGCUCAGAGGUGAUCCGGGUCAAGGCCCUGGACAAGGACAUGGGCAGCAACGCCGGCAUCAGCUACUCCCUGCAUUCUGGUAACAUCGACAACAUCUUCUCCAUCGACCCAGAGCUGGGCUCCAUCAGUGUGACCAAACCUCUGGACAUCCAGCCUCAGGAGCAGUUCCACCUCACCGUCAAAGCCACCGAUCAGGGCUUCCCUCAGCGCAGCGACCUCUGCUCCGUCCACGUCCACAUCCGCGUUUCCGACCACACCCCGCCUGCCUUCCUCUCCGAUGAAUACCUCACAGAGAUCAGUGAAUUAAGCAGCCUUGGAACUCCAGUUGUCACCAUCUCGGCCUCUAGCCCUGCUGCAGUGCAUUAUGGGAUAGAAAGCGGCAACUCAGAUGGGACGUUUCACAUCAACCCCUUCACUGGGUUGAUUUCGGCGCAGAAGCACCUUGACUUUGAGAACGUGGCGUCCUACAAGCUCAAAGUCACAGCUUCAACAACCGCUGGAGCCUCCUCAAAGACGAUUGUGUACAUCUAUGUGAUCGAUGAAAAUGACAACGCUCCUGUUUUUCGGCAACGUGAGUACCUGGGGCAAAUAAGUGAGUCAGCUCACAUGGACACAAUGGUGAUGGGAGAAAGAAACAUCCCUCUGGUGAUCCAGGCUUCAGACGCAGACAAAGACUCAAACUCUCUUCUGGUGUAUCAGAUCCUUGAACCAGAGGCGCUGAGCGUCUUCAAGAUAGACCCGAGUAUGGGCACCAUAUCUUUGAUUUCACCGGUUGACUUUGAAACCAAGGCUGAGUACCACUUCACCGUGCAGGUGAAGGACUCAGGGGAGCCAUCACUGUAUGCAGCGGAGCCUGCCAAGGUCACCGUACGCAUCCUGGACCUGAAUGACUGCCCGCCACAAUUCACCACCUCCGCGUACGAGCCAUCCAUCAUCUUCCCGGCUGUCAGAGAUAUGGAGGUUGUACGCGUCACGGCCCAUGACACAGACUCGGCGGUCUCAUACAGCAUCGCCGAGGGGAAUCUUCACAAUGCCUUUUCAAUUCACCCAAAUACUGGAGUCAUCACGGUGAGCAAUGCGACUGAGUUCAUGCCUUUUUACCAACUGGUUGUAAGAGCCUCUGAUGGCCUCUACAAAGACUUGGCGACAGUGAAGGUAAACGUUACAAACCUAACCGCCAGUGAUCUUGGAUUCGAGCAGAAUCUGUAUUCAGCAAGUGUUCAAGAAAACCUGAAGACGGUGAAAACUUUGGCAGCACUGAAAGCCUCAGGGAGUUAUCUGAACGAGCCUCUUUUGUUUUCUGUGCUGAACCCAAAUGGGAAGUUUGCGAUAUCCCAAACAUCAGGGAUUCUUGAGACGACUGGUAUCCCCUUUGACCGAGAGGAACAAGACAUUUAUGAUGUAGUUGUGAAGGUAGAAGACAUGAGAAGCCCACCCAGGACCGCGACAGCCCAGGUCAAGGUGUUCAUUGAUGAUGUGAAUGACAACCCACCACAGUUUCUGAACCUACCCUUCUCCAUGAUGGUUUCUGACUCCUCUGACCCUGGAGAUGUUUUGUACCAAGCAACAGCCGUCGACAAGGAUCUGGGAGAGAAUGGCUCCAUCAUGUACUCCCUGGAAGAGGACUACGACCUCUUCAGGAUCGACCCUGACGUCGGGGAUAUAUCUCUAAAGAGGCCUCUUGAUUUUGAAGCUCUGAAUAAGUAUGUGUUGACAGUCGUAGCUAUAGAUGAAGGCGAGCCCAGCUUCAGCACAGGAGCAGAGCUCAGCAUUCAAGUGAGGAAUCAAACUAACCCGGUUUUCCAGACUCUCUUGUAUCCUCUAAAAGUCCCUGAAAACGUUCCUCCAUUCACGACCAUCUUGCACGUCCAGGCCAGGAAUCCAGAGGGCUACCGGCUCAUCUACAACCUGGAGGAGGAGAAUGCUUCAAGACACUUUCACAUUGAUUUCAAGACGGGCGUGCUGACCGUCACAAACCCUCUGGACUAUGAGAGUGAAGCGAUGCAUGUGUUGACAGUGAGAGCUUCUGACUCUGUGACUGGAGCUUUCUCUGAAGCAUCCAUUGAAAUCGAAGUAGAGGAUGUGAACGAUAACGCACCGGUUUUCUCAAAGCCGAGCUACUCUGUGGACGUACCUGAGGGGGCUGAAAUCGGCACCUCUGUGAUGCAACUCUCCGCCUCUGACAGGGACUCUGGGAGAAACAAAGACCUCACCUUCCAGAUGGUGAAAACAGAAACAAACGAGACUGAUUUCUUCCAGAUAGACCCUCAGAGUGGGUUGAUUGUCACAAAACAGGUGCUGGACCAUGAAACCACCAAGAACUUUAACUUGAAAGUCAAAGUGUCGGACAACGGCACCGUCCCUCUGAGCAGUGAAGUCCACGUCUUCAUAAAUGUCACAGACAUCAACGACAACCCACCAGACUUCGUCACGUCACAGUACGACGCCACUCUGGAUGAAACAGCAAAGUGUGGGCACAUCGUCAUCAAAAUCCAAGCUUCAGACCCCGACACCGGAGACCUGAAUAACCUCAAGUACAAAAUCCUCUCAGGGAACGAAGGCCGGUACUUCAACAUCAACGAAACCUCAGGAAUCAUCUCUUUUUCUAACGUGUGUAAGAGGAAUCUGGAUCCAUACUAUAACCUGACGGUGGCGGUGUCUGAUGGAGUGUUUCAGAAAACAGCUCCGGUCAGUAUUGACAUGAUUAACAGCAACAGGCACAGUCCACACUUCAAGCAGAAUAUCUAUGAAGCAGAGCUGGCUGAGAACGCAGAGGCGGGGACUCGUGUGAUCCGACUGGCCGCCAUUGACCCUGAUGACGGCCCAUACGGUAGCGUUGACUACACCAUCAUUAACAAACUCGCUGAUGAGAAGUUUGCCAUCGACAAGGACGGGCAGAUAAUCACGACGCAGCCGUUGGACAGAGAGAGCCCGGCGCAGAGAGUCAUCGCUAUCAAAGUCAUGGCGAAAGACGGGGGAGGGAAAGUGGCUUUUUGCACCGUCAAGAUCAUCCUCACAGACGAGAACGACAACGUCCCUCAGUUCAAAGCGACUGAAUACCAGGUUUCAAUCCAGUCCACUGUGAAUAAAGGCUCUCCUGUUAUUCAGAUCAUGGCGUAUGAUGCAGACGACGGUAAGAACGCGGAUGUCACGUACACGGUAGACGAAGCUGAAGAGGUGACUGAAGACGUAAUCGAGAUCAACCCUUUCACUGGCGUGGUGAGCGUCAAAGAGAGUCUUGUUGGCAUGGAGAACAAGAUCUUUAACUUCAAAGUGAAAGCUCGGGACGGCAGCCUGCCUUUCUAUAACUCCACAGUCCCUGUGCAGGUCAAAGUGGUCCCCCCCGAGGUCCCUCUGCCCAAGUUCUCAGAGCCUCUGUACACCUUCUCGGCUGCAGAGGACAUCCCUGUCGGGACCGAGAUAGGCAACGUGAAGGCGGACUCCAACACGCCGCUCAUUUACAGCCUGGUGAACGGAAACACCGUGGAGAGCAACAAAGACAAAGUGUUCAGUUUGGACAAGGAGAGCGGGACUUUGCUGCUGCAGAAGAGCAUCGAUCACGAGAAGACCAAGUGGUAUCAGAUCGAUGUGAUCGCUCAGGGGAACCACAACGGGACCGAUGUGGCGUCGCUGGUGUCUGUCAGCAUCCAGGUCCAAGACGUGAACGACAACCAGCCGGUGUUUGAUGCUAACCCAUACAGGGCCUUCUUGGCUGAGAACAUGCCCGCUGGAACCACUGUCAUCCAGGUGACCGCCAACGACCCUGACACCGACACUAAUGGACUGGUGACCUACAGCCUGGAGUCUCUGCCCGAUGACACGGCAGAUGUCAUUAAGGUGUUCACCAUCGAUGGAGACAGUGGCUGGAUCACCACCGUCAGAGAGACGGACUGCGAGACGACCAGAGUUUACCGGUUCAACGUUGUGGCCACCGACCACGGCGGCGAUGUCAAGCUGUCGUCCAGCGUCCUGGUGGAGGUGACGGUGACGGACGAGAACGACAACCCGCCCAAGUUCUCUAACGAGGUGUACCGCGGCUCGGUGGUGGAGAACAGCAGCCCGGGGGAAGUCCUCGUCUCCAUGAAAACCACAGACGCUGAUGUGUCACUGGAGAACCGCCUGGUGACGUGUUACAUCACAGACGGGGAUCCUCUGGGCCAGUUUGCCAUCAUCCAGGAGGACGAGGGUCAGUGGGGUCUGAUCCUGAAGGAGCCUCUGGACAGAGAGACCAAAGACAGAUACACACUCAAAGUCCUCGCCACAGACGGGAAGUUUGAGGCUCCGGUGACUGUGGAGGUGCACGUGCUGGACAUCAAUGACAACAGUCCUCUGUGCGAGCAGCUGGUGUACACAGAGGCGGUGAUGGAAAACUCACCCUCCAGCAUGUUUGUGCUGAAGGUGUCGGCUUCAGAUCCCGACGUGGGAGCUAAUGGGCAGAUCUCCUACACGCUCCACGGUCCGGACUCAGACAAGUUCCAUCUAGACCAGAGGACAGGUGAGCUCUUCACCCUCGCUGUGCUGGACAGAGAGAGGGAUGUGGACUAUAAACUGAUGGCCAAGGCAACAGACGGCGGGGGGCGGUCAUGUCAGGCAGACAUCCUGCUGAUGGUCCAGGACAUGAACGACAACCCGCCACGCUUCUCCUCCAGCCACUAUGAGGUCACCGUGUUCGACAACACCACCGUCAGGACACCCAUCGCUGUGGUGUACGCAAAGGACCCAGACACAGGUAUAAACUCAGAGGUGAAGUACUCCCUCCUAGCAGGCGACGGCGGUUACUUCUCCCUGGAGGAGUUUUCUGGGAUCCUUCGCCUCGAGCGACCUCUGAACCCCGAGACCCCGCCCACCUUCGAGCUGAAGGUGAAAGCCACCGACCGCGGCCUGCCUCGCCACCUCUACUCAGUCGCCACCGUGACCGUGGACGUGGUUUCAUUGGACGACUACCAGCCCGUCUUCCUGAGCUCGGAGUACACGGCUCAGCUCCCAGAAUCCUUAGCGGUGGGGUCAGAGGUGCUGAGUGUCUCCGCCCUGACGAGAGACGGAGGAGGGCCUGACCCGGUGGUGUACCGCAUCGUGUCUGGGAAUGAGGAUGGACGCUUCCUGCUGGACUCACGGACGGGCCUGCUGACCCUGAUUGCUCCGCUGGACUUUGAAGUCUCCCGGGAGCACUACCUGUCAGUGGAAGGGAGCCGGGGCAAGUCGUCCCUCAGUGACAUCACCACCGUGAUCAUCAACGUGACGGACGUGAACGACAACCCGCCGGUGUUCGGAAGAGGCGACUACAGCGCUGAGAUAUCGGAGGAUUUGACACCUGGAAGCCUUGUGAUGAAGGUAACAGCGACUGAUCUGGAUGGUCCGAUGAACAACCUGCUGCGUUACUCCAUCGUGAGCGGAGACCCUCUGCAGCAGCUUUCUAUCGAUUCUCGUAGUGGAGAGAUAUCCGUCCGCACGUCGCUGGACAGAGAGGAGAUCCCUCACUACUCUCUGACUGUGCAGGCUGCAGAUGAAGGCAGUCCUCCUCUAUCUUCUGCCGCUCUCAUCACCAUCACUGUCUCUGAUGUCAAUGACAACCCACCUGUGUUCUCCCAGGUUAACUACAGUCUGCUGCUGCAGGAGGGUGAAUCAGUCGGCAGCAGCAUCCUCCAGCUGGUGGUCAUGGACAAAGACACGCCCAAGAACGGCAUGCCUUUCUCCUUCCACAUUGUCAGCGGCAACGAGGACCGCCGCUUCCACGUGGACCAGGGAGGCCUGCUGUCGCUCUCUGCUCCUCUGAAAAAGAAAGUGAAACCCCAACACCAACUCAAGAUCCAGGUGACAGACAAUGGCCACCCUCCGCUCUCCUCCAUCUGCGUGGUCAACAUCAACGUCACAGAGCAGAGCAAGUACCCCCCCACUGUGGUGCCUUUGGAGGUCUUCAUCACCAACGCCGGCGGGCUGUUUGCUAACCGAGUCAUCGGCAGGCUCCAUGCCUCAGACCAGGACCUGCAGGACAUCCUGACCUACAAGCUGGUGUCAGAACACCCAGACAAAGGCAGGUUCUCUGUUGACCUGUCCGAUGGUAAGAUCUGGGCGGAUGAGAAUCUGGAAGAGGGGUCCUACUCCCUGAACGUCAGCGUGUCCGAUGGGAAGUUCAGCGUCUGGACCGGGGUCAAAGUUCACGUUUGGGCGGCGGACCAGAGGUCGCUGGACUCGGGCCUGACCCUGCAGCUGGACCGAUUGUCUCCGGAAGAGUUCUUGGGCGACCACUGGAGAGGGCUCCAGCGCAGCUUGGGACAGGCUCUUGGUUUACCCAGACAGGAGCUACACCUGGCCAGCCUGCAGCAGCUACCUGAUGCCCAGGUCCUGGAGGCCCUGCUGAUCUGGAGACCUCAGAGCGGACUCGUCCAGUCUCUGCCAACCAGCAAACUAGCAGGUAUCAUAACAGACAUUGAGGACUCUCUGGGCCUCAGCAUCCUCAGGGUGAGCCACAACGGUUGUCUGGGUUCUGGCUGCCCGCCUCGAGGCUGCAGGAACGCUGUCCGACUGAAAGGAGAGAGACUGAGCCAUUUCACCACCGCCAGAGCUGGUUACAUCACCCCACAGCACACCUGGGAGAGCAUCUGCCCCUGUAACGAGUCAGCCGUGAGGUUCGAUGGUAAAUCCUACCUGACGUACCUUCACAGGAUGGACGAGGACAACCAGGAAUUCAAACUGUCUCUGAGGUUUAAGACCUCCAAAGAGCAAGGCCUCAUCAUGUCCACAAACAGCUCCAAGGACUGGGGGACUUUACAGCUGACCGACGGAGAGCUGCACUUCAGGUUCAGCUGUGGAAACACUUCACCUGCCUCCUUACUGAUCAGAUCCGCUCCGGUGUCAGACGGCAGGUGGCACAGCGUCCUGCUGGAGGUCAACUCCUCUGCCCUGAGACUGACCCUGGACCAGCAGCAUCCGGCCUCCACGUCCCUGACCGAGCCGUGCAGGAUGAUGCGCUCCCACGGGGCUUUGCACUUUGCUUCUCUCAGUCCGGACUCGGCUCCUGAGGUACACCGGCAUCCAUUCAUCGGCUGCCUCGAGGGCCUCGAGCUCAACGGGGAGCCGAUCAGGGUUGGGGACAGCGCGGAGUGGACCGGGUCGGGGAGCAGGAGAGUGUUUGGGGUGUACCAGUGCUGCAGCAAAUCAGGAGCCUGCGACAUCAACCCGUGUGAGAACGGAGGGGUCUGUGAAGAUGCUGGAGGAGAGCCACGCUGCAGGUGUGCAGGACUCUUCCACGGCGCCCACUGUGAGCUGGCUGACAACCCGUGCGCUUCCCAGCCAUGUGCCCACGGCAGGGUGUGUGUACCCAAGGCUCAAGGAUACAUGUGCAACUGCUCCCUGGACGACACUGAUGCACGGUGCCAUAAUCAGAUAGAAGUCUGUUCCCCUAACCCGUGCCCUGGAGGCUAUGAUUGUAAAGUCACUGACGGCUCCAUCCACUGUGACCCGCUGCCUCAGGUGUCUCCCAUGAUUGGCUACAUGGAAAUCAUGGAGAUCGGCGUCAGUGUGCUGGGGUUGCUCUUCUUGGUCGGCAUCUUCGUUUGCGUCAGGAAGCGUUACGUUCAGCAGAAGAAGAAGAAGCCGGUCUGUGUGCAGGACUCCAACGGAUAUCUCCAGCACAGUAUGGCCAAAAGCCUCAAACCCGACAACCAGGACAUGAUCCCCAUCGAGAUGAGCUCAAUGAUGGGUCCCACCAACGACCUCGACCACACGCCCUUCAGGUCGCUCCGCCCACGCAGCCAGAUCGGACCGUCAGGAGGCGGGGUUCCCUGUCCGAAGACACACGGGCCGGUCGUGUGCAGCGUAGCUCCAAAUCUCCCUGCCAGGCCUCCGUCCAGCUCGGACAAUGACUCCAUCAGGAAGAACCACUGGGACAUGGACUAUGAAGUCUAUCCUGCAGACCCUGAUUACUACGGCCGCCCAGUGGCUCAGGAGUUCCCCCAGUUUGACAUCGUAGAGGACACCUACUCCACCUCCACCAUGGACUCUCGGAGGAACUCUCGAUUCGGAGGCUUCCCGUUCCCCUUGGAACGCGUUGACCGCCGCGCCCCUCUACCGCCCUGCUACAGCAACCAGAACCUGGACGACUUCCUGGGUCCUGACGGCCUCCCUCUACCCACUUCCCAGUGCCCCAACGAGUACACCGCCAUCAGCUACUACCCCACCAAGCAGGCACGGAGCCUGGACAACGUCUCAGGGGGCUACAAGAGACUCAGCAUGCGUCUGAGCGUGGCUAUGCCUUCGUACGCAGAGCAGCCCAGCACGCCGCCGCCAACGUCAAACCCCGCGCAGCCUCAGACGAGACCAGCGGGGCAGAACCCGAGGAGCUACGACGGGUCGAGCAUGGUGGAGAGCGAUUACGGGAGCUGUGAGGAGGUGAUGUUCUGAGAAGGAGUUUGGUCUGACGUCUUGCAUCCUUAUGUGGAAAUUUGUGUCUUUCACAGCGAUGACUCACUUUUAGUUUGAUGAGGACGUCCCAGCACUCCACUGGAAGGCAGCUUUGUGAACACUGAGACUCUUUUGAAUCUAAUGAAAGAUCUGAGAGCAGCAUGUGAAACAACAGCUCAAGAGUCUUUUAUUUGUUUGACUUUUUAAAGAAGGGCAUUGUCUCCAUGCCCGCUCAAGACGGUGUUAAUUCAGGACCUCCAUCCUGUUACCUCUGAGUAAGAAGUUCAACAGGAGUUCAUGUCUCUGUCUCAGACGCCACAGAGAGCACUGGUUAACGAGGUUGACGUGUGAAAUCACAAACGGUGUUACUGACUCGACUGUGACCUGUUUCAAAGUCUAAAAAGAUUCAAAGGCGUCUUGUAGAGAAUGUGACUCACUAAAGGAUUCAAAGAAACAUGCCCAGACGACUGUGAAGCAAAACUGUAUCUCCUACAUUUCACUUCCCACACUCGCCUAACAAGCCAACGCGGCUAACAACAUCAGUUACAGCUCUGACAAACAGUGAUAAUGGUUUGUUUACUAUGCACUGUAUGACUUUAUUAAAAGUGAGGCCAGCUGCAGUUGCCAUGGCUGUGGCUGGCGUGACAUUCAGACGGCGACGCUCAUUCAGAAGAAAAUGCCUUCCCGAUGAAGCCCCGAUAAAAGAUGCUUCGAUGACGACUGUUGCAUUGUGUGAAAGGUAAAUCACUGCCGGGGUUUAUUAUCAUAUCCACAUUCUGCUGUGUGUUUGUGUUCAUAUUAAAUUUACUCUCAUAAAAAAAACAGCUGCAGGAGAAACACAGCUUUAAAAAGAAAAAAAAAAAGUGUCAAACACUGGCCCGCUAUUUCAAAUCAGAGACGUAUUAAAAGUGACACAUUUCAUGCAGGGUAAACAUUUCACUGAAGUCUUUAACCUGCUUACUGUUGCUGUUGUUUAUUGUUACUGUCAGUUCAAAUGAAGGGGGCUGGAUCCUCGUGAAAAA